GCAUCCGCCUUCCGCUCUCUGGGGUGUGCUGCUAUUGAUCUUCCGGCAGGCGAGCUUUCUAGUUCCCAGCUUCCCACGUUACUUGCUUUGGUUCCUUCCAACCAUUUUUAAGGGGCUGGAUGAUCUUCCCAAAAUGAGUUUGGUGAUUAAAAAUCUGCAGCGGGUGGUCCCCAUCAGAAGAGUGCCACUUCGCAGCAGGAUGGAUGUGGUCAGGAGUAUUUUAGGAGUGAAGGAUUUUGACCUGGGGAUCAUCUGUGUUGACAACAAGCGUAUUCAGCACAUUAAUAGGAUCUACAGGAAGAAAAACGUCCCGACUGACGUGCUGUCUUUCCCAUUCCAUGAGAAUCUGCAAGCAGGGGAAUUUCCUCAGCCACACUCGCCAGAUGACUAUAAUUUGGGAGAUGUUUUUCUGGGUGUGGAGUAUAUCUUCCAUCAGUGCAGAGAAAACGAAGAUUUCUAUGACAUCCUUACGGUGACAGCCACUCAUGGACUCUGUCACCUCCUGGGCUUCACCCACAACUCUGAGAUCGAGUGGCAAAAGAUGUACAACCAAGAGAAACUGGUGCUGGAGGAACUGAAUCGCUGCACCGGAGCCAGCCUCCAGCCCCUGACCAAGGGCCUCUACUAAUGUUUCAAUACUGUGAGCUGGAGACAUUGUUGGAUGGAGUCCUGCCCCUCCAGAAUGGAUCUCUGCUGAUCAUGCUGGCCUGGGUGACUUUGGCCCACACGGAAGCUCAAUUCCAUGAGUGGAAACUGGCUUCAGGAAGUACCAAGGAGGUGUCAAGUUGGCUCUUGCUCUGUUUAAAAAGCUAUCUUAGAACUGGGCAGUGGUAGCGCACGCCUUUAAUCCCAGCACUCGGGAGGCAGAGACAGGCGAUCUCUGUGAGUUCGAGGCCAACCUGGUCUACAAGAACUAGUUCCAGGACAGGCUCCAAAACCGCAGAGAGACCCUGUCUCGAAAAGCCAAAAAAAAAAAAAAAAGCUAUCUUAAUUAUUAUAAACAGCAGUUCUAGGCCAUUCCUAAGAAAAGAAACAUGUAAGUUCUAUCAAUGUGUUGCCAUCAAACUAAUAAUUAUAUGAGAGAAAGAUCAUGUCAGAAAUCAUCAUGAAGAAAGGAAACUGUGUGAGGUCUUUAAUUGAUGCUUUUAACAAAAACAAAAUUCUCUGGAAUCACAUCCUAAGGGACACUGAAAGAUGGUUCUGUAGGAAGUGGAUGUCACCUCCCUGAAGCUCUUGGGAGUGUGUUGCAUUGACUUGUUCAUCCACAGGGACAUCACAUCACUGUCUUCACUGUGUGGUAGCCAGGUCAGUCACAGGGAAGGUCCACCCGGGGCUAACUGGCAACUCUGAAUCAUCUUGCCUCUGACCUGUAAUGAUCCAAGGAUUCAAAAGUAGGGACCAGCUUUUUGGUGAGGAAUGUAGCAAAUGAGAGCUUCCUUUAAUACUUGAAAAUAGCAUCUGUAAAGGCAGGUGGAAUGUAGCACUCCAGUGAUCCCAACUACUAGAGAGGCCAAGACAGCAGAAUUACAAGUUUGAGGCCAGCUUGAGCAACUCAGUGAAAUGUUGUCUCAAAAUGGUAAAGAGGAGAUGGAUAUUAACUUAGUGGAAGAGUACUUGGCUAGUGUGCUCAAAACCUUGUGUUCAAUCCACUAUCACAAAUAAUAAAUCUUUAAAAACAAAACAUUAAGCCAGGGGUGGUGGUGCACUCCAAGCUCUCAGGAGGCAGAGCUUGUGAGUGUAGACUGGCCUGGUCUACAUAUUGAGUUCCAGGACAGCCAGA